AUGAAGCUUUUCCAACUUUUCGCUACUUUUGCUGCUUCCGUCGAUGCCCAACUGACUUGCUGGUCGUGCUCCAUUCAAAAUGAGAGAUCCGAAAUCGUCAUCGGAAACGAGACGAGUGAAGUAUACCAGACACCAGAAGAGGUUGCCUCUCUUUGCGUCCAAAAUGGCACCUCAAUCGAGUGCAUGAGCAACGAGCAGAACUGUUACGUAACUGAGCACCGCGACGACCAUGGCAAUCUGCUCCUACUUGACCUGGGCUGCAAGGCACCCGACGUCUGCGCAAACUUGAUCGAAGGCAACUUCCGCGGCGAGGAUCCCGACAUCAAUCUUUGCCGAGGGCAGCAACGAAGCUCCAAGUGUUUUGAUUGUUGCGAUUCUGCAGAUUGCAACUUAGACACUGCUUCUGAUCUUAUUGCUGAAUUUCCGACUCCUGAAGAAUAA